UCUCAUGAUUUCUUGCUCUCGUUCGUUGGUGACCAAGCAAGUGCAGAUUGCCACACCAUGUUGACGACGAUAACGGUGCCAGUUCCAUCGCCAUUUUCUCUCCCAAAAAAGCAUUAUUUUUCUUCACAAUGCUCGUUCAAGGUCUCUUGUCACGACGACCAAAGCAAUGAGAGUUCUUGCUCGAAUUUCUCUCGGAGGCUUGCUCUUUUCCAGCUGGGCACAGCUAUUCCUCAGUCACAAGUCUUGGGUGUAAAAGCAUCUGAAUUGCUUAGGCCCGCAGAAAGCAUGGUUCAAAGAAAUAACAUCGGAAAUGUAGCGGCAAUGAACAGUAAUCUCACUGAGGACAGUGCAUUGCAGUGGGCUAAGAAGGACAAGCGAAGAAUGCUCCAUGUUGUUUAUCGUGUUGGUGAUUUGGACAAGACUAUAAAAUUUUACACUGAAUGCUUCGGAAUGAAACUAUUGAGAAAACGGGACAUACCAGAGGAGAGAUACUCGAAUGCUUUUCUCGGAUAUGGACCUGAAGAUUCCCAUUUUACUGUUGAACUAACUUAUAAUUAUGGCAUGGACAAGUACAACAUAGGAAAUGGCCUCCGCCACUUUGGCAUCAAAGUGGACAAUGUAGCAAAAGCAGUGAAUCUUGUAGAGGCAAAGGGAGGUAAAGUGAUAAAGGAACCUGUUCUGUUUAAUGGAAGCAGUAAAGUAGUUGCCUAUGUGGAAGAUCCAGAUGGAUACAAAUUCGAGCUGUCAGAAGAAGCAACUGCUCCUGAGCCCCUACAUCAUGUAAUGCUUUGUGUGGGCAAUCUCGAUCGAUCAAUAAACUUUUACAGGAAGGCUUUUGGAAUGGACCUUCUAAGCAAACAGGACAACCCUGAAUACAAGUGUGCAGAAGUUACACUGGGUUAUGGUCUUGAAGACAUGAACCCAGUCCUGAAAUUAACUUAUAAUUAUGGGGUCACGGUAUAUGAUAAGGGAGACGGCUAUGCCCAGAUAGCAAUUGGAACUGAUGAUGUUUAUAAGACGGCCAAGGCAAUUAAAUUGUUUGAUGGGAUGAUUGCCCGUGAACCUGGGCCGUUGCCAGGUAUAAAUACGAAGAUAACUGCUUGCUUGGACCCUGAUGGUUGGAAAUCGAGGAUUACGGUAAGGACCAUUGGACGGCGAACCGAUGAUGCCCCAUGGAAGCCAGCGAGGGAAAUUGGGAAGCUCAAGGUCGUCUACCUUGAGGCCGUGCUUUGUGGUCUCGAUAGCAGAUGCGCAAGUUUUCGUUGAUAAUGUUGACCUCCUUAAAGAAUUAGAGUGACUGAAGCAUCGCUGGGAGGCAGAUAUUGAGGUAAUCCAGAUUCACCUUUGAUUAGCUUUUUCAACUUGCUUUUCACCAAGUAUUUGUUCCAGAGGUACCUUGGAGAUUACUCCACGGCUCUUUCAGGCGUUUUAAGUGCUAGUCUUCUCCUUCAAUCAAUCUCGCCAUGCAGAAAUUUUUAUGCGGAAUAAACUUUUUCUAGACUUCUAAAUUCCAAUCAUACCACUUCUCCCUCUGGAUCAUAUCAUGUUGGAACAGUAGUUUAGCAUUUGCUGGAUCCCCUCAGUCCACAUUUGCUUGUCUCCCUUGCUUUUGCAUUCAAACUCAACCACCCUGUCUGCCGUUACUAUACCAAAGUAAGCCUUCUCGCCGCUGUCUUCCCUUUCCCUUCCAGGCCAGGCUGGGAUAUCAUUAAGCACUCCGGUGACUACACCUGUAAUUUGGAAAACUGCUUUAGAUGAAACAGAGCCAAAAGGUGAUGAAAGAGUUUAACAUGAAAAGCAUUUGCCUACAUUUUUUCUUUUUUGUGAAUGUUCCUGCCACAUGCUUGCUUUUCAGCUUUGCUACCACCUGCCUCCAAUUUUGAGUAGUUGUUAGGAUUGAAGAUUAGAAAAAUGUAUUAUCUAUGGGUCCAAUGGAGCACGAUAAUAAGUUGCUCUUUCAUGAACACAUGGAGCUCUCUGUAUCUUUCGAAGCAAAUUAAGGAGGAUAAAAGAAAAAAGUUUAAGUGCAUCAGUAAAAUUUGAUGUACCCCCAAUUUUCUUAACAUAAAUGUAUAGGUUUGUACCUGGAAGUUUGAAUUUACAUUGAAAGAAACUUGUUUCCAGUGAAGGGCUCCUGUCAUCAGCAUUUUGUUAGAAACCGAAUUCAGAAGUAUAAGAGCAUUUUUGUUAGACAACGAACUCAGAAGCAUAAAAGCAUGAGCGGAUGCUCUUUUUUUUCUAAUGCUGUCUGUAUACCUUUCCUUGUGCGUUUAAGAAGUUCUCCUCCUUUUGACACAAAGUCUAAUGCAUUUGACAUUGACAUGUAGUUUUCCUUGUCAGCUUCUCCCUUGUCCUCUGCCAUGGCAAAUGUCGCUCCUCCAUAACCCUUUUGAAGCCUUGCUCGCAGGGUGGCAGCUCCUCUUAAUGCUGCACAGUUUGAGUUGUAGAAGUUACACUUGAUUGGAUUAUUGUAGGAAAAAUACCAAGAAUGACAGUGCCCCUUGAGAUGAUAAAUUAGAAAGUAUAGUAAGCUCUAAGGUAGGUCAAAUUACACAGGUA